GAUUGGUGGAUUAGCCGGACGGGCGGGAAGAAGGCGGCAACCAGGAAGAGGAGAAGCAGUCCUGCCUGCCCAUGGCGACGAGUGAAUGAUGUUUACUUUAGUUUACUGUCGUUAACCUUAAACUGUUUGGACCACAGGGUGGCGAGAGGGAGAGAAACGCUGCUGUCACUGUAGAGCUAGACCAACGAUACUGAAAAAUGCAGAGUGUACGAAAACGUCGAGGCAACGAUACACACACGACAACACAACAUAGCACUCCUGGUGGUUUGAAGGAAAAUGUGCCACAGAAGAAAACCCAGCACUUCCACUCUGACCUGUGGUUCUGUCUGACUCUGCAGAACUGGAUACUGGACUUUGGACGCCCUAUUGUCAUGAUCAUCCUUCCUCUGGAGUGGUUUCCCCUGAACAUGCCAAGUGCUGGAGAUUAUUUCCACAUGGCGUACAAUGUCAUAACACCAUUCCUAAUGCUCAAGCUGAUUGAGCGCAGUCCCAGGGCGCUCUCUCGCUCGGUGGUCUACCUCUGCAUCAUCACUUUCGUCAUGGGAGCCAGCAUCCACCUGGUGGGAGACUCCAUCAACCACCGGCUUAUCCUGAGUGGUUACCAGCUCCACCUGUCAGUCAGGGAGAACCCCAUCAUCAAAGACCUCAAACCUGCCUCACUGAUUGACUCCUUUGAGCUGCUCUAUUAUUAUGAUGAACAGCUGGGACACCUAAUGUGGUAUAUUCCUUUCUUCAUCAUUCUGUUCAUCUAUUUCACCGGCUGCUUCACCAAGGCCAAAGAACAGAGGAUUCCAGUGUCAGGUUGGCUGUUGCUGGGUCCUAGCGCUCUUUAUUAUUGGUACUUGGUCACCGAGGGACAAAUCACAGAACUCUUCCUCCUCACCUCCCUGGCCAUGGUUGCCAUGGUGAUAUAUCAACAACGUAAAGGCCUGACUCCAGACAGCAAUGGCCUGUUCCUGUUAUGCAGUUUCUGUGUUACUGCACUCCUGGUGGUCCUGUGGGUGGUCUAUCUGUGGAACGACCCAGUGCUACGCAACAAGUACCCCGGACUCAUUUAUGUGCCAGAACCAUGGUCCUACUACACCUUGCAUGUCAAGAAGAACGGCUGAAUUACAUCUGUCCAGCAGAUUUCCUCUGACAGAAAUAGCGGCUGCACUCGUGAUGACUUCAACGAUUAAUUCUGUUGAUGUGCACCAACCUCACUGUCAGACACGAAGAAGAACGUCUCCUCUGUCUGUUGAUAUUUAGUGAAACGUUGCUCUAUUUGUCUGACUUGACACUAACUUUAAAUUUUAUUUUCAAGAUUAGAGUUAAAGAAUUUUGAUCCCAUUUCACUUUUGUAAUGCUUUAUAUUUGCAUAGAGAGAUGCAAGUAAUUGAUUAAAUUACCACAAAGUAAUUGCCACUCAGACAACCUGGGCCUUUUGGGACUUCUGAGGGUUUGGGACUCUGGGACAGUUUGUCUCCUUUUGGUUGCUUUGCACAUUUGGUAGUCUAGACUUGUAAAAGCACAGUGGCAUCAUUUUCUCUCCCCAUUUUACAAUAAAUGUAGACCAGCUGCCUGUUACUCACCACGUAAAUGACAAAGUUCUUUUCAUGAAGAAACUCAAGGUCAAUAUAUCUACUACAUAUUUACUGAAAAUAAAUAAAUAA